UAUGUGUUUUGCAUUCAACGAUAAGGGACUUGGAAGUCGAUGCUGUCUAGUUGGUGUGUUAGGUGUUCUUUGUUAUAUGUUCGAUAGUAAUGCGAAAGAGUAACUAUGGAUUUUAUGUAAAUGUGUAUUUAUUUCAUUUCAGCCUUAUUUAUUGUUAACUAAAUUGAGAAUGUUAAUUUGCAGUUCGUAAACGAUAAAUGUUAUCGUUUACCAGGUUUGCUACGGAAGUUAACUUGCAUCGCGUGUUAAAACAAGCUGAGAACCGUCGAAAAGCUGCUUGUUCCGGUAAGGACUGGCUUCCUCCAGUUGAGGACACAGAUGGCGUUUGAAUCGCACGGUGUUGCUUAGUCAGUGACUCAGUGUAGGCUUAGCUGUUAAUAUGAGUGUUAAAUGAAAAUUUGAUGUAUAGAAUUAGAAAUGAAUUGUUUGUGGUAGACAUGACUAUUGUCGAAAAUCAAGAACUGUUAUUAAUAUUGCGUAUGGAAUUCGAUUACCUGGAAAUCUCAUGAGCUGAAAAUAUGCCUGUGCAAGCUCCACAGUGGUUGGAGUUUCUUUCUUGUCCCAUUUGCUACAAUGAAUUUGAACCAUCUUUGCGACGACCCAUCAGUUUGGGAUGUGGACAUACCUUUUGUCGAAGUUGUCUCUCAAAACUACAACGGAAGCAAUGCCCAUUUGAUCAAACAUCUAUCAGUAUUGACAUCAGUCAACUGCCAGAAAAUUAUGCAUUACUUCAACUGGUUGGAGGAACCAUUUUGGAUAAGCCUGUAGUCUCUACAUUACAAGGAGAAGCAAGGGAGCAUUACAUGGCUGCAAGAAAAUAUGUAGAAGAACUAGCUUUGUACCUAAAACCAUUAACACAAUCUGGAAACUCGGCCAGCCAGGGAAGUGCUCUAAGUAGACCCAUGCAGCGAAAACUUGUCACUUUGAUCAACUCUCAGCUACUAGAAGAUGAAGGAAGAACACGUGCAAUGAGAGCAGCUCGAUCGUUAGGAGAGAGAUCUGUGACUGAGCUCAUCCUUCAGCAUCAAAACCCUCAACAACUGUCUGCUAAUCUGUGGGCAGCAGUCAGAGCUAGGGGCUGCCAAUUUCUAGGACCAGCUAUGCAGGAGGAAGUCUUGAAGCUGGUUCUUCUAGCUCUUGAAGAUGGAUCUGCUUUGUCUAGGAAAGUGCUUGUCAUGUUUGUGGUCCAAAGACUAGCUCCUCACUUUCCACAGGCUUCAAAAACCAGUAUAGGUCAUGUUGUUCAGCUGUUAUAUCGAGCUUCAUGCUUCAAGGUUUCCAAAAGAGAUGGUGAUUCUUCUUUGAUGCAAUUAAAAGAAGAAUUCCAAACAUAUGAAGCCUUAAGAAGAGAACAUGAUGCCCAGAUUGUACAGAUAGCAACAGAAGCCGGUCUUCGUAUUGCUCCAGAACAAUGGUCUUCACUCCUCUAUGGUGACACAGCUCACAAGUCUCACAUGCAGUCAAUUAUAGACAAACUACAAACCCCACAGUCAUUUGCUCAAAGUGUUCAGGAACUAGUGAUAGCUUUGCAGCGUACCGGAGAUCCAGGAAGUUUGUCUGUUCUAAGACCCCAUUUAGAGCUGUUAGCAGCAAUUGACCCCAAUCCAGAUUCUCCCAUUCCUACUUGGGAGGAGCUGGAAAAUGCACUGGAGGGUGCAAUUGAAGUAGUAAAAGGCUUAGUGAAUUUUAUUGAGAACUUUGGUAAUAGAAGACUUCAUGAAGAAAAGCAAAUCUUGAAUGUCAAAUACAAAACAAAUAUGUGUCGAGAUCUUACCCAAAGAGGAAGCUGCCCAAGAGGUGCAAACUGUAGUUUUGCUCAUUCACAAGAAGAAAUGGAAAGAUAUCGAGCCAAAAACAAGAAGAACAGUGGACAUCAUUCCCUGCUCUCUGGUAGUAGUGGAACUGGAGGAUCUGUAACCAAUGGAACCAAACCUCAAGCACCUGGAAAACUUCCAAGUGGGAUGUAUACUACUAAUAGUUACGUGAGAAGUUCUGCAGUAUCUUCUAUACCAGACACCUCUGGGUAUGAAAAAGAGGCAGUGGUGUGUGGAUCAUCAGCAACAGUGGUAAAAUCCAACAUAUCUUCUGGAACUCAGUCAAAACCCUUGCACACUUUGAACCCUGACAGCCCAAUCUUUGAACCAAUGGCUGUCUCUACUGUAACACCAGAUUAUUCUAAACAGGGAAGCAUAUCAGUUAUUUGUCAUGGCAGUCCCAGUCACUACCAGUUGCAAGGAACAGUACUUUGUCCAGAGAUUUUUCAAAGUACUCCUGUGCAACCUCACACUCAACUUCUGGGAGUUAUUCCAGCUGCUAUUGCCACUCUGUCAAGAGGUCAUAUUAGUUUUCAUAACACUUAUUCAGUACCUAGGAUGGUAGCUAAAGACUCUGAAGGAAGACCCAUUGUAGCCUCAACUACUGUAUGCAGUGGAGUUAAUAUGACUGCAAGAGAAAGAUGCAGUUACCUGGGUAAUACCAACAAAGGGAUGGAUGAACAUGAAAAACAUAAUUUAGUUUUACAACCACUAGCUGCUCUUCAAAAAAGGAAACAAGAAAUAUUAACAAAACUAGAACAAGUCCAGGUCUCCAGGUAUGGAACUGAUAAUUGGGAAGGCAGUGUUUCAACAUUCAAGGGUGGUAUUGGUGACAAGAAGUGUUAUCUGAAUAAGAAUGGGACAGAUGAAGGUAUUUUCAAAGAAGGUUUUAGUUUGUCAAACAAAACCUCAUAUUACUCACCUUGGACCUCAGCUGAUAUUUUUUGUUACACCUCCAGAGCAACAGCACUGAGUGGAUCAUCAACUUCCACCACAGACGCAGAGAAGUAUAUGCAAGAAACUGGCAGAGGAGGACAUGGAUAUACAGAUGAAGAUCAGUUCAUACCAUUUGACCCACCCUUUGUGUCAAAGUAUGGUCCUAUAUCCCGCAAGAUUCGACCUCAACAUAUGCUUCCAAUACAAGUGAGUGUAGCCCAAAUUGGUGCUUUAACAAACCCCACCAGUGUGAUGCGUCAUCCUUUGUCUGCUGCUACUGCUGUACCAUCUAUUUUCACUCCAGCACCCCAAGGUUUUGCUGUACCUUUUGCAUUUAUCCCUACUGGACCAGAACAGUUUGUUCCAGUGGGAGCAGUAAUGGAAUCCUCUCCUAUAGUUGUUCCAUUAAACAUGGAAUGUGAACCUCUAUCAACUUUACACACUACACUGGCUGCACAUAAUAUAUGUCAAGUAGGGACUCAGGAAAUGGAACAGUUACAGAAUACUGUGGAAAAUUUUCAGAUCAGUUCACCAGAGGAUACUGCAGAAAGUCAUCGAUUGAAAGAAGAGCUGUGGGCAGUAGAACAAACAAUACAGCACAAAGAACGUGUUUUAAGUUCUGAGGAGGGGGAUUAUAAUGAUAUAGAAAAACAGUGGUUGCAACAGCUUGAAGAAGAAGAGAACAGUUGGAAUGCUGCUGACAGUUCAAAACCAGAUGGUCAUGACCAUUGUUCAAGCACAAACUGAUCUCAAGAUGAUUCUAGACUCGUGCACACCUGCUGCAACCUUGAAGUAAAAUUUGGUGUGAAGAACUUUGUGUGGGCUUUUAACAAAUUAUUAUUAUUAUGUUUUCUUCAUCUUUUUUUUUUCACAUGAAAGUUUUUUUUGGAGAGAAUUGCACUUAUAAAUAGUGACAAUAUGAAACACUGACCUUAUAGCAGAUGUUACCUGAUAUUUAAUGUCAUAUAAUGUACUGCAAUAACAGUUUAGUGUAAAUCUGACAGUAUCUAACAUGAAACUGUAACAUUUUUAUAAUUUCAUUGAAACAAUGAUAAUGAAUAUUACAAAAAAUAUAACAUUUUUGAUGUUUACAAGCAUACUAAACUCAGUAAUACACAAAACCAUGAACAUUAUUUCAGCCUUUUGUUGCAGCAUUAUGUAAAAAUUAACAGUAACUUCUGUGUUUUAACAGUUUUUCUGAUAUUGUAACUUUGGCACCAAUAUUUUAAUUUCUCUUACAGUAUGUGUUUUGUUAUACUAUGAUAAGUGAAACUGAAGUUUAGUUUGUACUUUUUAUAAUAUUGACUAAGAAUUAUGGCCACUGUUACUCAUGCAGUAGCAGAUUUAUGCUUUUCUUAAUACUGCUGUUCAGUGCCAUUUGGCAUUAAUUUGAACCAGUCACUAAGUGACUUUAUCUCUUUCUUUAUAGAAAUGUUGACUAGUCUCUCUACAGUUGUAAUUUAUCUUACAAUAGUAGGUUUCUUUUCCCUUGGUAUGUAACUACAGUUUUGUGGUGACAAAUUACUUAACACAUUUAUAUCAUCUUUGUGGAUGCAUUAUAAUGAUGUUGAUUAGAGUAUUUCCAUUGUAACCGUGGUGUUGAACGUCAAACAAGUAUAAUUUUCUAAUUACAAAACAUAGCUUAAUACUCAUACAGAGCAAGGGAUUAACAGAUUUGACAGUGAAUUUACUAUAAAUAUUUUGAACAGUUAUGGUUGAGUAGCUGCUGACAUUUUUUUAUUUCUUUAUUUACUUGUCAUUCAAAGAUUUUUGCCUGUUGGUGAGUUUAAAAUAUGGCUGAAGAAACUUGUAUUAAAGGUUCUGUAAAAUACAUUAGUGUAGAAUUAUUUCAAACUAAUAACUGCUGUUUACAACUUAGACUCAUUUUGGAAAUCUAUAAAAAAAGUCACAGAAUUAAACACUCGGUUGUUGUUUUUUUUAAAGUAAUUUAAUCAUUAGGACCAGCAAGGGAUUAUUUAUGGAAAACAUUCAAGUUUUGUGGGAUAAAAAAGUUCUCUAAAUUUAUUACUGACAUUUUAAACAGCAUUUGUUUAAUAUGUAAAUAGCUCCUCUUGAAGUAAACAUGAAACUUUCAAAAAAUUUUAAUGUUUUUUAUCCACAGUUUUGAAAAGGGGGGUGCAUGUUUUUUUUUGUAUACAAUUGAAACUAAGCUUAAGGGAUUUAUCCAAAACUUCUGAAUAAAUGCCUCUGUUUAAUAUGCACAUUGUAGUAAGGAUCAGAACAAAAUUGUUUGAAUAAGUAGGAGCUGAAGAGGUAGUAUCAGCUCACUCGUAGAUAUCAUAGAAUCAGUGUUAUUGGUGACUCACACUAAGAUGUUAUGCUAAAAUCAUGCAGAAUUGUGCUGAAGAGAGUUUGUAAUUUGAUUAAACAUGAUUAACAUUUCUAGUUGUGGAAAGGUAAAUGAUCCAAGUCAAUUAACCUGUUUUUACAAUAUCAUUAUGUUUUUAAGAAAUGUUUUAAAUUCUGUAGCAGUUGUAAUUUGAAAUGUGUAUGCUUAAAAAUCUUCAUGCUUUAUGUGGAUUUUUAUCAAAUUUGUCAGAACUGUCUUCUUCACAGCAUCAAUCUCUUACAGUGGCUUUCUUAUUCUGUUCUUGUUUGUUUUUGUUUUUUAGGUUUACAUUACUUAUCUUUUUUUGUUCAAUGUACAAGUAUCUCUGUUCAGGAUUAAAUAUACUGUACAUAUAAAAUUUAUUACUAUAUAAUGAGGAUAAAUUUAGAAAUUAAAAUGUAAUUAUUGAAUUGUUCAAGAUGUGUAAGAAAUGUUAGCAUAGAGUUGUUAAUCAGAACAUCUAUCACAAAACUAACUACUAGCUAUUUGGAAGGAUCUUAAUGUUGUUUGGUUUUGUAAAUGUAUUUGUAAUAUUGGUGAAUGGAUAAGAGUAUUGCAAGCUUGAUAUAUUUUCUUGGCAAGUAUCUGCAAAAAAAGAGAUAGCUACAGAUUUAUAGAAGAAAUUAAGGUCAUGUUUAAGACCAUGUGAAGUGAUUAAAUAUGUAGUAUUGUGUUAUGAAUCUGAGGAUAAAGAAACAUCAGAUUUUGUAAGAUAAUUCAAGAGUAUAGUAUUUCAAAACUUUGGUUAUUCUGAAGCCAUCAGCUCGUAUGUGGUAACCAAAAGUAAACAAAUCACACUUUUAAUGAUGUACGAACAUUUUUUGAUAAAAGAUUCAGAGUUUUUUUUAGAUUUUGAGAAGUGAAUUAAAGGUUUUUAAGAGUUCUUCAGAAUUGUAGAAUAAUCUGAAGUUCAAAUAUCAAUAAUUUUGGAGUGAUGUAAAUGUUAGUUGCUACACAUCUAGGAUUAUCUGAGUGUCAGAAGUUUUAUGAAGUAGACCUGAGGGUCGUUAAUUGCUAUAUUUUGUUGGGUGAUCUGAGGGUCAGAGAUUAUAAGACCUUCUGGGUUUAUUUGAGGGUCACAGUUUGUCAGACCUUGUGGGGUAACCAAAUGUUCAGAGACUUUCCAUGAAGGUUUUCUUUUCUUUAUCUACGUUCACAUAAGGACGAUUUGACUUUAACUAUCUAUCUGUGUCAAGCAACUGACUACAAUAUAGUAGCUAAAUGUUCCAGAAUGGAUACUUUUGACAUGUAACUUUUUUAUGUGAAAGUGCAUGUUUUUUUAUCUGGUUGGUAGACAACCGGGAAAUAUAGUUUCUGGGAAAUUAAUUCAUCCUGGGGAAAUACUUGGGAUGGCAAUAUCAUUAGGUGCAUUUGUUCCCAAACAGUUUUGUUGAUGUUCAGAAUGUUCUGUACCAUGUAAUGGUUUGCUACAACCCAAAAUCUUAUUUGUAAGAGUGGUACUACCAAUGGUAAUGGCAGAUGCUUUGCUAGGAUCUAGCCUUUUGAGUGUUCUUCCCUAGAAAGAAAAAUUGUUCAUAUACAUUUGGGAUUUCAAUAAAGCAUCUGAAGAAACACC